ACGCAGCACAGUGAUAGCGCUGCUCCUCUGCUCCAGUCAGGAUCAGGAUUCACUCCGUGGUGUGCUCUUUAUUGAGUUACUCACACCGGAGAACCUCUCUACAAGUUUUAACCGGGAAACAGCAUCCUGUUACUCAUGAGAAACGCCACAUUAGUCGGAUAGUCGCUUCGAAAGGGACUGAGUUUGUAAAGGACGAGAUUGGUCUUUAUUCGAACCCCAGAGAAGAGGAGAAGAGACCCACUGACUGCACGCUGACUGAGAGCCGUGCCGUCCCGGGGGAGCGUUUUUGUUUGGGGUUAACCUCACUGUGAAUACCACUGGCGCCGUUUUUUCUUCAGCCUGGAGAGCUUUUUGAGAAAUCUAUCAAAUACUUCCAGCCUGACGUGUUUGAGUCUGCUGGUCUGAGCUGUGAUGAGGAGGGGAUUGAACAGCGGUGGAGCAGCAGACGGAGACAGUGAAAGCUAAGCUUAUCUCAGCGACCAACGGUGGUCAACGGCCACAGGCUCGACCACUAACACAGAGGCUGCUCGUUGCAGUGAGUCAGUAUCAUGGAGGCAGGCAGCGGGGCUGCCGCAGCGGUGGGGAGUGCAGCGCUAGGACUGCUGGGAGCCGCAGCCACGUCCAACCAUGACAUCUUGGACAGGGGUCUAAGGCCUGGACGUCACCUGGAGGACGACGAUAUUGUGCCUGAGCUGGCUUACAUUCACCCAAGAGAGAGACCAGACUGGGAGGAGACCAUCAGUGCCAUGGCGAGGAGUGCAGAGAUACCCGAGCUGAGGGCUGAGCCGCUCAUGCGCUCCUGCAGCAGCAGCACGGCCAGCAUGAAGGUCAAGAAUGUCAAGAAACUCAACUUCACUAAAGGACACUUCCCAAAGCUGGCGGAGUGCGCUCACUUCCACUAUGAAAACGUCGACUUUGGAACAAUUCAGCUCACCCUUGGGGAUGAACAGUGUGAAGUGACGCGGAACGGCUAUGAGUCAAAGGAGCUGGUGUACCUGGUUCACAUUUACUGCCAGGGUCGGAGUUGGAUCGUAAAGCGCAGCUAUGAGGAUUUCCGAGUCCUGGACAAACACCUGCACCUCUGCAUCUAUGACCGACGCUUCUCCCAGCUGCCUGAGCUCCCUCGAUUGGACAGUCUGACUGAUCAGUCUGAGUCAGUUUCCCAGAUGUUGUUGGCUUACCUCUCCCGGUUCUCGGCCAUCGCUGACAACAAGAUCAACUGUGGGCCGGCCCUCACGUGGAUGGAGGUCGACAAUAAGGGGAAUCAUCUGUUGGUCCACGAAGAGUCGUCAAUCAAUGUGCCAGCCAUCGCUGCUGCACACGUCAUCAAGCGCUACAUCGCCCAGGCCUCAGACGAGCUGUCCUUUGAGGUUGGAGACAUUGUGUCUGUGAUUGACAUGCCCCCUAAAGAAGACACCACAUGGUGGAGGGGCAAACAUGGCUUCCAGGUUGGCUUCUUUCCCAGUGAGUGUGUGGAGCUCAUAAAUGAUAAAGUGCCGCAGUCCAUGACCAACACGGUGCCAAAACCAGCCUCCCCCUGCUCUGGCCUGCAGCCCGCUUCUUGGAGUCUCUUCCCUCCCUACUUGGAGAUGGAGAGUGUAAUACAGGACAAUGCAUGGGUGGCCGACCCGCUAAACCACUACAGCAUAAGUUCAGUGUCUAAGAAGCACGGGAAGCUGAUCACCUUCUUGCGCUCCUUCAUGAAGUCCCGGCCCACCAAACAGAAGCUGAAGCAGAGAGGCAUCCUCCGGGAGAGGGUGUUCGGCUGCGACCUCGGGGAACAUCUCCUCAACUCGGGACACGAUGUGCCACAGGUCCUCAAGAGCUGCACCGAGUUCAUCGAGAAGCACGGUGUGACGGAUGGCAUCUACCGCCUCUCUGGAAUCGCCUCAAACAUCCAGAAGUUACGGCACGAGUUUGACUCAGAGCAAAUCCCCGACCUGACCAAAGAUGUUUACAUCCAGGACAUCCACUGCGUCGGCUCGCUGUGCAAGCUCUACUUCAGAGAGCUGCCCAACCCGCUGCUCACCUAUCAGCUCUACGAGAAAUUCUCUGAUGCCGUAUCAGCAGCAACGGACGAAGAACGACUCAUCAAAAUCCAUGAUGUCAUCCAGCAGCUUCCUCCGCCGCAUUACAGGACCCUGGAGUUCCUGAUGAGGCACCUCUCCCGGCUGGCAGCAUUCAGCUACAUCACCAACAUGCACAGCAAGAACCUGGCCAUCGUCUGGGCACCCAACCUGCUCAGGUCCAAACAAAUAGAAUCUGCAUGCUUCAGCGGCACAGCAGCCUUCAUGGAGGUCCGGAUCCAGUCUGUGGUGGUGGAGUUUAUCCUGAACCAUGUGGAUGUUCUGUUCAGCACCAAGCUGAGCACACUGAUACGGGAGGGAGCAGGUCACAACUCGCUGUCACGGCCCAAAUCCCUGCUGGUUUCGUCUCCCUCCACCAAACUUCUGACUCUGGAGGAGGCCCAGGCCCGAACCCAGGCCCAGAUCAACUCUCCAGUCACUGAAGAUAGCAAGUACAUCGAGGUGGGAGAGGGUCCGGCUGCUCUGCAAGGAAAGUUUCACACUGUCAUCGAAUUUCCCACCGAAAGGAAGAGACCUCCUAUCAAAUCGAAGAAGUCUCCUGUGGGGAGUUGGCGUUCUUUUUUCAACCUGGGAAAGUCUUCCUCCAUGUCCAAACGCAAGCUGACCCGGAACCCCAGUGAGCCCAACGAGCUGAAGGCCAUGGCUCUGGCUGGGGGAAGAGGAGACACAGCAACACUGAGAUCAGCUAAGAGUGAAGAGUCACUGAGCUCGCUGCACAAUGUUGAAGGAGAGUCCAAGGUGUACCGUCCUCGGCGUCCACGCUCCAGCAGUGAUGCACUGUCAGCCUCUUUUAACGGCGAUCUGCUGGACAGUCGGCAGCACUGCAACUCUUACGACAACCUGGAAGCCACCGAGGACAGUGAUGGAGACGAUGGGCCAAUCUGUGUGCCUGCCCUCAUCUCACCUCCACGCUCAGCAGGUGAAGAUGUGGACCUCAGCCCGCCUGACAUCGGCAUGGCCUCCCUGGACUUUGACCCAAUGUCUUUCCAGUGCAGUCUCCCUGACACCUCGUACGCCUUCCCUCUGGAUGACUCUCCGGCUGGGGCUGAGGGCUCCACAAUAAAGAGAAGUCCAGGCAGCAAGACCAACGGCUCUGACCUCAUAUCUGCCACCUUUCUGGGCAGUUUGGCCUCGCCCUUACUGUCCACAGACUUCAGCCGCGGCGAGAAGCUGGAGAACAAGAAACUGACCACUUCUUUCUCUUACACUGAUAAACCCACACAGGCUGUGUCACCCAUCAAAUGUGCAAAGACCACUAGUCUGACACCUUUUGUCACUUCAGAGCUUUUCUCUGCAGAGAAGCCCGACAAGAACACAACUGCACAGAGCAUCUCUCCUCGGCCGUUAUCUCCUCCUUCAGCAGCCAAAGACUCUCCUCCGCUGAUGGGCAGUGUGCUGCUGAGGGCAACUGAGCCUUCGCUCAGUGAAGCUUUCCAAAUGGAGCUGCACUCUAAGCUGGCAGCCUUUGACAGUGCGGACAGUCAGGACCUGAAAGGAGACGACAGCGUACAGCAGGAGUCAGCUGCCAGCAGCCAAGGACAUCAAGGAGUCGUAGCUCUGGACUCUUCAAAGGAUCUCACCCCUCGUUUCCUCAGCUCUUCAGCUCCCUCCACUGCCCCUCCUCCUCCCCCUCCUAAAAACGCUGCCCGCAUGUUGGCCCUGGCCCUGGCCGAGUCUGCCCAGCAGGUCUCCGUUCAGUCUCAGUCCCGGUCCUCUGAGCCCCCCACACCGGUGUCUCCUCUGCAGCUGCAGGAGGAGUCUGACCUCCAGGACUCCACGCGUCCACCACUCCGACAUUUCCAAACUUCUUCAGAAGAAGGAGCAGAGAAGGGAAGUUCUCAGCCUCCGAACAACACCGCUCCGACUGUCACCACAACCUCAUCGUAUCCCUCCACUUCCAGUCCUACAAACAAGCCUCAGCUUCAUGAGUCAACCAGCACAGUAACCAAACCAUCAGACAGUGCCAAAUCCUCCACAACUCCACCCGGUCCAAAGCCAGUAACAGACUCCAGCCCACCUGACACUCCUUUUUACAAGUGUGCCCCUCUAUCUAGUUCAACCAGCCUGACCUCUCCAACGAGGAAGAGUCCAGAGAGGCAGCAGUCUGUCCCAGUACAGGUCCCAGUCCACACCAGCUCCUCCAGCAACACUCCAGCCAUCACCCCCAGUACCUGCAAAGACUCUGCAGUUUCACCACAGCCUGUCCCCGAGGUAAAACCAGCUGAGACUGCACCUCCUGUGGUCCUUCCCAAACCAUCCGAACAGCAUCCUCCAACAAUCAAAAAGCCCAAAAGACACGCAGUCUCGCUGCCCCAGCAUCAAACACAAACUCAGCAGCAGAGCCAGGCUCAGAUUCAGCCUCAUCUCCAGACACAGCCACAUACACCAUCACAGCCUCAUCUCCAGACACAGCCACAUACACCAUCACAGCCUCACACACAGCCUCAGACACCAGGCCAACCCAUAACCCACCCUCAGCUCCCCUCCAAGGCCAGCGCCAGAGUGGCCCCCACCUCAGCUGAGCCUGCGGAGAAGCCCUGGGAGGCCAUAAAGCCGGUUCAGCCCUGCACUGAGCCUGUUAAGUACCAGGAUGUGUACGGACCUCCGGCUCCUCCUGUCCGCACCAUCGAGAGCAAACUGGCCACAGCAGCUCUCAGCCAUACUGAAGCCUCCUACCAUGUCCUCGCUGAGGCUCCUGCUCCUGCACACCUGGAGGAAGCUCUGCCUCAUCAUCCUCUGUCUCCUCGUAAAGCUUCCACACACCAGCCGGCCUACCUGUACCACACUAAAGCAGAACCAGUGAUGGUUGAACCUGCAGGAGCUGCGUACUACCACCAGAGGCCUGUUCCUGUGGGCCCUCAGUCCAUGCCGCACCACUACCGGCCUGACAGUGUCCCUCCACACCUCUCCUUUGUUUCCAAAUCUGAGCCUCAGAUCCCUUACAGUGCCCGAGUUGACAACAGAUACAGCACUUUGGGCCCUCGGUCCUACCAUCACUCCAUAAAGUCCAGAGGGAACCCCCGCAGUGUGUAUGUGACCCCAGGACCUGGGCAUCCAGUUUACAGCCACGACAGACCACAAGGCUACCCCACCAUCCGCAGAGUGCACUCCCUCCACGUUCCCUCUACGAUACGCUCUGUGCCCAUUCAGCGCACUGAAGUCCCCCCAGACGACGACAUGUUCUUCUACCAUCGGCCGGUCUAUCCGUGCAAAGCCUACCAGCAACCCCCGCCUCAGCAGUCCUCACAGGCUGAUUACCACGUCACCCAGCUACAGCCUUACUUUGAGAAUGGCCGGGUUCAAUACCGCUACAGUCCGUACUCUGGUUCAGCCCCUUUAGAGGCGCCUUUCUAUGACAUCGACCCGUACGGCACGAUCCGAGUCCGCCACGUCCACACCUACAGCCGAGAUCCUGGAGCCACUACUGGACGACCAGGUGGAAAGGCGUCCGGGUACCACUACCUCGCUCGCCAUGUUCUGCCCCCUGGAAAGGAGCACAGCUUUGUGAGCAGAGACAUGCCGCCUGGACACGGCAGCAAGGAGGCUCCAGCGUACCUCUCCUGGGAUCCAGAGGAGUCAGAGAGGCUCCGCAUGCACUCCAUCCGAAGGGAGAGUCGGGCCCGUCAGAAGAUUAAAGGCCCUGUCCUUUCUCAGUACGACAACGUGGGCCUGUAUGCACCAGCAGAAAUACCAGGCUAUGAAACGCUGCACCUGCGCAGUAAGUCUGACCCGGGAAAAGCUGUGCUGGCUGCAGCUGAGAGCAAAGAUGGGCGCUACCUCCCCAGACAUAUGAUGCCAGACCCUGACGUCCUUCUGUACAUGGAAACUGACAAGCACGUCCAGGGAGACAAGCAAGACGGACUCAUCAAGCAAAGCACUUCCAAGAAAUGUCAGUCCUCUCACUCCCUUCCUGCUACUCUGAGCCACGGUGUCCCCCACCAGCAGGAGAGCAGCCGACACGAGGCCAAGCCUGCAGACGACAAGCAGGGCACAGACGGCAGCAGGUCCAAACACUGGCAGCAAGAGUAUACCAACAAGAGGAGCUUCACACCGCGAUACGAGUGUCCUGAUUCUGACCACAAAGGGAAGGGUGGAUACCACAGUACAGAUGAGCAGCCCACAGCCCCCAGAGAACCACCAGCCCGCUCCAAACCUGAGAGAUCCCACAGCGUGAGAGAGCCGCAGCAUUACAGCCAACCUGAGCCCGACAGAGACUACCCAUAUCAAAAACACAGCACCACAGCAGCUCAGUCCCACUACGAUAACCUGGACGAUUACCACCCAGCGCCUCAGCCUCAGCCUCAGCCUCAGCCUCAGCCUCAGGUCCAGGUCCACAAACGAGGAGGCUCCGGUUCAUACCCGACCCCCGGGUUCUCGGUGAGCCACAACAACAGAGCGUACUCCACCGCGCUGGGCCAGGGAGCCUACAUCCAGACUGACCUGGCCCUGCCCCGGCCAGAGACAGAGAUACGUACUGAAUGAAGCAUUUAACGAGUGAAAGGAUCUUUAGCUGUGUAGAAAAUGACUCUGAUGAGCUUCGGUGGAGCAGCCUCUGCAGGACAGCGGACUGUCGCAGCACCAAUAUUUUUGUUCCUCUGUAUUUUUAAUGAAUUGUAAAGAAAAUUGUUGACUUUUUACAGAAAAGUCCUGAAUGUACCUGAAGUUAUUGUCCAAGAGGUCAUAUUGUUGUGAUUAAAUGAGACAGUAGCCGGUCAUAAAUGUAUAUGAUAUGAAUACUUACGGUACAUUUAACAGGAAAUGUAAAAUAUAUAUACAAAAUAUAUAUAUAUAUGAACAGAAUCACUAGAAUAAAAGGGAUUUUUAGUUGUUUUGUUUUUUAGGUGUGGCGCUGGGUAAAACUUGGGAUUAAUGUUUGCAUUUUAGAAAUGCAUGCACUCUCUAUCUCUUACAGAACAGUUCUGUGUACUCACCAUCCGUUACGGUCUUUCUGGAUGUUACAGCACAAGUUAAAGCUUAGAGAGAGAAGAUACGUGAAGGUGACUGAUCCUCUCAUGUGCACAAGAAGCAGUACGAGCGUCUGUUUGUCUGGGUGUGAGGGCUGUAAGGAGCUGAGAUGAUGAGUGAGGACUUCUUUGAUUAAUUUAGUGUUUUUUCAUUCUCUGAUUAUUUUCUGUGACUGUGCCAUUUUUAUGUAACUUUACUAUAAACACAUUUCAGUGACUUCUGAUGGGAGGUUUCGGUACUUGUUUGUUGGGACCAAAUGACUCGGCGCAGUUGUUGCACAUAACGGGAUGAAGAGGGGAAGUUAUGGAUGAAUGCCUGUUCUUUUUUAGACGUGGCUGUGUUUUUAUUUAAUUUUCAUCACAUUGACGGUACUUCCAUGAACUGGACUGACUGAAUAAAGCUGAAAUCAUCUUCCUCUCUGUCCACCUGGUGAAGCUGCUUUGGUUAAGAGCCUUAAAUUUUGUUCCUACAGAUCAUAUUUUGUUUACUGUCAUCAUCAUGAUGCACAAACAUUGUGAUGUCCACAUGUAAGAUCACUUUGAUGAUUCUUGACAGUUCAGGGUUUGAGGAGACAGAAUGGGCUUAUGUUGUUUUUUAACUCCUUGUUUUGAAAACAAUGAUGGAGGGGAUGGUUUUUUUUUAAGGUAUCUGAGACCAUUUCUUUUCAGGAUGAAAUCGAUGUGUAGUACAUCCAUCUGGUAUUAUACGACCGUCUGGCUCAGCAUAAUGUAAGGAUCACAAUAUGUUCAAAUCUGUCUAAAUCCAGGUUGUACUCUGUAACUGUUGACUUCUAUAUCGCUUGCAGGUUUUGCUCCUCUUGCCUUAUCCAGAGCCUCUUCCUUUUCAGACGGGGCGAUGAUUUAAGGCACUGUGUACUUGAAUGUGAAAACACUCUUGUCUCAAUCUAGAGGUAUCUAAAGUUAGAUAUGAAUUAAAUAAAAUUGUUCAGGAAUAGAUCAAA